GGGGUCCCCGCUAGGAUGUCCAGACGUUGGCUGCUCGACCUGAGAGGGAAGAGUCGAGCGCUGCUCUGCCUGCUCACCCUCGAUCUCACUGGCCCUCGACUGCCAAGCCUACGAAGCAUGUCGACCGAACGCAAGCUCGAGAGUGUCUGGGAGCCUCCCUACACUCGACCACCUACCCUUGAGCCCUCACCUCGCCGGCUGAGGGUCAUCUACGUCGAUCCCUCGACGAAAGAGCGCAUCACGCUCGCCGACACCACCAAAGGCUACAGGGUCCUCGAGACAUCGCAUCCCCCUACCUACUAUAUCCCACCAAGCGAUGUCAAACUCGAUCUCCUCAAGCCCAACGCACGAUCCAGCUUCUGCGAAUGGAAGGGCAGAGCGAGCUAUCACGACUGCGGCAACAUCAGGGCGCGCAUCUGGAGCUACCCCGAUCCUUCGCCUCGCUUCCGACCCAUCAAGGACUACAUGGCCUUCUACGCGACGUCCUACGAGUGCUCGGUCGACGACGAGAAGGUCAUUCCACAAGAGGGCGACUUCUAUGGCUCUUGGCUCACUUCGUCGGUCGCUCCCCUAUGUGGCCUGCCCAGAUGCUGACGAAGAGCUUCAGAGAGAUCACAGGCGGCAAGAAAGGUUUCAAGGGUACGGCCACGUCCCCGCGCGAUUCUCAAUGCUUACGCAGAAGUAACAGGUGGAGCAGGCACUUGGGGCUGGUGAAAUGGCUCUGCAUCUCGA